AUUGCAUUCAUUUCGUUGGUAGCGAUUCAAGUUAAACGUUGUACAGAUGUCGGCAGCUGCAUCUUUAGCCGCCCAGUGUGCCAUACCAAGUGUGGGCCCAGUUAAUGCCCUGGUGACUUUGUUGGUCCAAAGUAUUUUAACUGCUCAAUGUAAUAUCUCACGAGUGGAUGAAUGGCCAGAGGAUUAUGGCGAUGAGGCUUUGCGCAAGGGCUUGGAUACUUUUGACUUUGUGGUAAUUGGAGCUGGAUCUGCUGGUUCGGUUAUGGCCAGCCGUUUGAGUGAGAAUCCCCUAUGGAAAGUUUUGCUUUUAGAAGCAGGCGGUGAUCCUCCUCCAGAAUCGGAGGUUCCUCGUCUGCUGUUCUUUAACCAACAUUCAAAUGCUUCGUAUGCCUAUCAUACCUCACCCAAUGAGCGUUCCUGCAAGGCCUGGGAAAAUAAUCAAUGCCACUGGCCACGUGGCAAAAUUUUGGGAGGUUCGGGAGCCAUCAAUGCCAUGCUCUAUGUGAGAGGUAAUCGCCGUGACUACGAUCGCUGGUGUGCCGAAGGCAGUGAAGGUUGGUGCUACGAUCAGGUCUGGCCUUAUUUGCAAAAAUCCAUAACGCCCCAAGGUGAUGACACUAAGCCCCUUGGCCAUAUGACCAUCAAUGAAUUUGCCCGUUACGAUGAGCAUAUUUCGAAUUUAUUCCUUCGCGGUUCGGCUGAACUGGGUAUACCCCAGGUAGAAGAUUUCCUAGAGGGAAAUUAUGUAGGCUAUGCCUAUGUCAAGGCUACCGUCGUCGAUGGCCAGAGAUCCAGUUCCGCCAAGGGCUAUUUGUCCAAAGUCAGCAAAAGGCCCAAUUUGAAGGUUAUCAAAAAUGCCCAGGUGACAAAAUUGAAUUUUAAUAAGAAUGGCAAUCAUGUGGAAUCAGUGGAAUUUAAGCUGAGACAAAAACACUCGCUCAAAGUCAAGGUUGGCAAAGAGGCCAUAGUCUCUGGGGGAUCCUUAGAAUCCCCUAAGCUUUUAAUGCUUUCAGGAGUGGGUCCCAGAGAUGUUUUGAAGCCUUUGAAUAUACCAGUGAUUCAUGAUUUGCCCGUGGGUGAAAAUCUAGAGGACCAUGUCUUAGGCCAUAUCUACAUUCGUGUUCCAGCUAAACCCAGCGAUCCUAAAGAAAUGUUGGAUAGCAUCUAUGACUAUAUCAUGCAUAACAGUGGACCCUUGACUAGCACUGGUCCCUUCUCCUUGACGGCUUUUAUAAAGACCAAUGUCUCUGAUCCCGAACCCUAUCCGGAUGUGGAAAUGCAUCAUGUAACCUUCUCCAGGGGUAAAUCUCUAUUCUUCCAAAACUAUCUGGAAGCCAUAGAGGCCAAGGCAGAAUACAAGCAACAUCUGCUGGAACAAGUCGAAAAUUAUGAUGUCAUAGAUGUCUUUGUAUUGGUAUCCCAUCCUCUAUCCAGGGGCAGCCUGAAGCUGAAAUCCUCCUCAUUCGAAGAUCAACCUCUCCUAGAUGCUGCUUAUUUCUCCCGUGAUGAAGAUUUGGAAAUCCUAUUGAAUGGUUUUAAGUAUAUGGCACGUUUGGAACAGACCUCCGCCUUUAAGGAGAUGAAAGCCGAAAUCAUUCACAUACCCAUAGAGGAGUGUGAUAAGCUAACCUUUAAAAGUCCCGAAUAUUGGCGUUGUUAUGCCUCAUAUUUCUCCGGCACCUGUUAUCAUCCGACAACCACUGUAAGAAUGGGUGCAACAACUGACAAAAACACCUGCGUUGAUCCUCAACUGAAAGUGAAGGGAGUCGAUAAUCUACGAGUGGUAGAUGCCUCCAUUAUGCCCUAUGUAACUAGUGGCAAUACGAAUGCCCCCACCAUAAUGAUUGCCGAAAAAGCAGCCGAUAUGAUUAAGGACCAAUGGCAAGUAGUUGUGGAGACUGCUGAAAAUAUGAAAGAAGAACUAUAAAUUUUAAUAAAAUAAAAAUAUAUUUUUUAAAGGAAUAUCUUUUAAAAAGAAUGCUUACGAAA